AUGGAUGUUAGACCUGCCUAUGAGGGGACUCUCAAUGAGUCCCUGCUCUUCGAGCAGCUCCCGAAUGAGAUCGUGGACCUCAUUCGCACUGCUUCGGGGACUCAGUACCUUAACGCGCUUGCGGUUGGCGCAUUGAAGUCGAAAUGUACAGAGGGGUUUUUUAACCUAUACGAACCGAUUUUUGUCGACUUAGCGGCACGAUGGCUGCUGUCGGAUCUUCAUGCCAAUCAAAUCGAAAUUAUAUCCGCCUUUGCACGGAUUCUACCAUUCGCACCAUAUUUGCGAUCGUUUGCCAGCCAAUAUGCCUUAUCGCGAGCUGGACCUCUAUCGGCAUUGGCAGUGUCGAAGGAACUAACUCUCCUGCAGCUAGAUGAAAACACCAUUCGCACCUUGCUCUUAGCGAUUUUCAGACUUCUCUCCUUUGAUCUCGAAACUUUCUCGAAGGCCGUUUCACCAUUACAACUUCAGUCACUCUUCCAACACCAAGAUCGAUCGAUAAGAUAUCUAGCAGUACGAUGCUUCGCUUUAUACAUGCAUACAGCCGAUGCGGCCACGGAGAAGAUGGUUCGGGGUAACACAGGAGAUGACCCUAUUGAGGGAGAGUGGGAAGGCAUCCGAAUUGACUACCGCUGUCUUGGUCUGUGGGAGGAGCGCCGAUGGGAAACCCUGGAACAGCAGGUUCGGCAUGCAAGGUCAUUACGGUCUGACUCAGAGAUACUAUCGCAGUCUGAAAUGUUACGGGAGUUUUUUACCCCAAGAACUGCAGAGGUUUGCGGUGUUUUGAUCCCUAGACUGAGUGAUGCGUCAAUUCCACCGUCCUCUAUUGUGAAGACACCGACUACGGUAGGAAAUUUGCGAAAGGUUGCGACGGCCUUGCUUGACCCGGAGCCUAUCCUAUUGGUGGGUUUACCCAACUCUGGGAAGACAUCGCUUGUAAACGACAUCGCUGUAACCAUGGGACAAUCGGAAUCCAUGGUCACACUUCAUCUUAACGAACAGACGGAUGCGAAAAGUCUUCUUGGCAUGUAUUCAACCUCUUCUGCUACAGGUUCAUUUGCCUGGCAGCCCGGUGUUUUGACCAAGGCCGCCAGAGAGGGCCGCUGGGUGUUGAUUGAAGACCUAAACCGUGCCCCGUCCGAAGUUAUUGGUCUUAUCCUCCCUAUUAUUGAGAAAGGGGAGUUGACUAUUGCUAGUAGGAAGGAACGCAUAAAGUGUGCUGAUGGGUUCAAAAUUAUUGCGACAAUGAAAUCUUCGUAUAACAUAGCAGGCGAGGAGGUUGCCCCAAGCACCACCAUUCUUGGAAGCAGAUUGUGGCGCAGAGUGCAGGUAGACUCGCUUUCCGUGGAUGAGAUUCGGGAGGUAAUCAUGCAGAAGUUUCCCCUGCUUGAGUCUCGAGUCCCCAUCAUCAUGGAUGUUUAUCGGCGACUUUGCUCGUCCUUUCACGGAAGCCUUGCGAUCAAGAGCUCCCAGGGACGAACGCCUGGUUUGCGUGACUUGAUCAAACUUUGCAGCCGGCUGCAUAGGCGUCUGCAGCGUCUAGGUGCAAAGACUGGUUACGAAGCUACGCCAGAAGGUGCCGAGGAUGAAAUAUUCCUAGACAUUGUUGAUAUAUUCCUGAGAUACAUCCCAGAGAAGUCCUUGGAGAAUUCUCUUUCAUCUGUCGUUGCAGAAGCACUUCAAAUUUCACCCCAGAGAGCACAGUUUUGUCUUCAUGAGCGAACUCCUGCAUAUUCGGACCAAAGCAAUAACCUAAUACUUGGAAGGGAGAAUUGUCGAAAAAUCAAGGUACCAAGCGGAUCGGCAUCGAAACUCGCCGCGGCCUCUUCUCGCUUUGCUUCUACCAGGUCUGCCUUGAAACUCAUGGAACAAGUCGCGGCUGGUGUGCAAAUGGCCGAGCCGAUUCUUCUCGUCGGAGAAACUGGUAUAGGAAAAACAACUGUGGUUCAGCAGCUUGCUACUUUGAUGCGACAGAAACUUACAGUAGUAAACCUGUCGCAGCAGAGUGAAAGUAGUGACUUGCUGGGAGGUUUCAAACCCGUGAAUAUUCGUACAAUGGCAGUCCCGAUGCUCGAUGAGUUUAAUACCUUGUUCGAGUUAACAUUUUCGGCGAAGAAGAACCAGAGGUUCUUAUCAUCUGUUUCGAAGAGUGUUGCGGCAGGAAACUGGCCUCGUCUUGUCAAUCUCUGGCAUGAAGCUGUUCGUUUAGCCGACGGCAUCUUCAACUCUCGUGGCAGCGCGGAUGCAGAAGAACAACCAACCAAGAAAAGGAAACUGGACUCCCCCAAAUACCAGCAUUUGCGACAACGAUGGGAGCGAUUCUCCUCACAACUGGGAGACUUUGAGGCUCAAGUAUCUCAAGGAGAUGCCAAAUUUGCUUUCGCCUUUGUUCAGGGAAAAAUUGUUCGUGCGUUGAGGAAUGGAGAAUGGGUUCUUCUCGAUGAGGUCAACCUGGCCUCUCCGGAUACUCUUGAGAAUAUUGCCAGCCUUCUUCACCACGGCAGCGAAGGGUCACCUUCAGUUCUACUUUCGGAAGCUGGAGACGUGGAAAGAGUUUUUGGACACCCGGAUUUCCGUAUAUUUGGUGCCAUGAAUCCUGCUACCGACGCAGGGAAACGAGACUUGCCCCCGGGUCUUCGUUCUCGGUUCACCGAACUCUACGUUCACUCGCCCGACAAUGAGUUGGAUGACUUAUUGUCACUGAUUCAAAAAUACCUCGGCGACCUGACAUUGCCUGACUCGAGAGCAGUGCCGGACCUUGCACAGCUAUACAUGGAGACAAAGAAACUCAGCAAUGAGAAUAAGCUUACGGACGGAGCUGGGCAACGACCACACUUUAGUAUCCGUACUUUGGUCCGUGCCCUUAUCUAUGUCACUGAUCACGCCCAUGUAUAUGGAUUGCGUCGUGCAAUUUUCGAGGGAUUUUCCAUGAGUUUCUUGACUGUUUUGAGCCAGGACUCAGAAAGACUUUUGAUGCCGCUCCUCGAGAAGCACAUUUUUAGCAACACAAAGAACGCAAGAGCCCUUCUCGGACAAACACCCAAGCCUCCUGCCGAUGGGAAAAGCUACGUUCCGUUUAAGCAUUACUGGAUGCCAUGUGGAAAUAUGACCCCCGAGGAACAGCCCCAUUAUAUCGUUACCCCCUUCAUCGAGAAGAACUUGAAGAAUUUGGUCAGAGCAAGCUCAACUCGCAGAUUCCCAGUUUUGCUACAGGGUCCGACCUCCGCCGGAAAAACUAGCAUGAUCGAAUAUCUCGCCAAGGUAUCCGGAAACAAAUUUGUUCGAAUCAACAAUCACGAGCAUACGGAUUUACAAGAAUAUCUUGGAUCUUAUGUGUCUGGUGAUGAUGGCACUCUUGGUUACCAGGAAGGUAUCCUUGUAGAAGCACUCAGACAUGGAUACUGGAUUGUCCUUGAUGAGCUCAACUUGGCACCCUCGGAUGUUUUGGAGGCAUUGAACCGGCUUUUGGAUGAUAACCGUGAACUUUUCAUACCCGAAACCCAGGAAGUCGUUCGACCGCACCCGAAUUUCAUGCUUUUUGCAACUCAAAACCCUGCCGGUCUUUAUGGUGGACGAAAGGUGCUGUCCCGUGCCUUUCGAAACCGUUUCCUUGAACUGCAUUUCGAUGAUAUCCCAGAGAGUGAACUAGAAUUUAUCUUGAAAGAGCGUUCUCAAAUUGCCCCUUCUUUUUGCACAAGAAUCGUUUCAGUCUACCGGAAGCUAUCGUUAUUGCGCCAGGCCAACCGUCUUUUCGAACAGAAAAACAGCUUUGCUACAUUGCGUGACCUCUUCCGAUGGGCUCUACGACAAGCUGAUGACCGUGAGCAAUUGGCAAUCAAUGGUUUCAUGUUGCUUGCUGAACGAGUUCGGAACCCACAGGAGAGAGCGGCUGUCAAAGGCGUGAUUGAAGAGGUGAUGAAAGUCCGGAUCGAUGAAGAUGAGAUAUAUGGCCAAUCUCAGUUGGAGAAGGCCGCUCCUUUCCUUAAGGAAUUAUCCCCGGGUAUUGUCUGGACAAAGGCAAUGAGACGUCUCUUUGUCUUAGUAUCGAGAGCGAUUCAGAACAACGAGCCGGUUCUUCUAGUAGGAGAAACUGGCUGCGGAAAGACACAGCUCUGUCAGGCAGUAGCAGACCUUUGCAAGAAAGAGCUUUUCACCGUGAAUGCUCAUGUGAACCUGGAGACUGGCGAUCUUAUAGGAGCCCAGCGACCAGUGAGGAAUAGGUCGGCGAUUGAAAAGCAAUUGCUGAGCGAUCUCCAAGAAGUGCUCAGCGAAGAAAGCAUCGAGUUUCAGUCGCUCGAGGAACUGAAACGUGCUUUCAGUGCAAUGGAUCGGGAACGGUUACAAGCCUUUGACCCGGAGUUGGUGCGACGGGUUGAGCAGAACAUCACUCGAUCCAAUGCGCUCUUUGAGUGGUCCGACGGUAGCCUUAUUACCGCUAUGAAAACCGGGCAAUUCUUCCUUCUGGACGAAGUUUCUCUCGCUGAUGACUCUGUGCUUGAAAGACUCAACAGUGUUCUAGAGCCUCAUAGAUCGAUACUUCUCGCUGAGAAGGGCCCCAUCGACUCUAUGGUGGUGGCUGAUGAUGGCUUCCAGUUUUUGUCUACGAUGAAUCCUGGAGGUGAUUAUGGCAAACGUGAGCUUUCGGCUGCGCUUCGAAACCGAAUGACAGAGAUAUGGGCUCCUCAAUUAUCUGAAGAUGAAGAUAUCUUGCCCAUUCUCCAGAUGAAGCUUGAUUUGAAAUUGGACAACAUCCCGAGAGCAAUGUUGCAGUUUGCCAAGUGGUUCAAAUCAGCAUUCCAAAACUCUUCAACUACUUCUCUUUCGAUUCGUGAUCUUCUUGCUUGGGUCGAUUUUGCCAAUAAAUGCCAGAGUUCGGAUCCCUUGUUUGCCAUAGUGCAGGGUGCUGCAAUGGUUUUCAUUGAUACGUUGGGAGCCAACCCCGCUGCUAUGCUUGCAACUGGACUGCACAAUCUUGAGGGCAACCGGCAACUAUGCUUGAAUAAGCUCCAGGAAUUGUUCGCCGUGGACGCUUCGAGCAUUUACUCGCAGAAAUCAACGAUCACCAUCGAAAAUGGAUCUCUGCGUGUUGGACCUUUCUGCCUCCCCGUGGUUGGUGAUGCAACGCCGGAUCCUGAGUUCAUAAUGGAUGCCCCUACCACCAUCGCCAACUCGGUCAGAAUCGCUCGUGGUCUUCAAUCAUCGAAGCCAAUCCUUCUUGAGGGAAGUCCAGGUGUCGGCAAGACCACGCUUGUGACUGCUCUUGCGAAAGCUCUUGGAAAACCGCUCACUCGUAUCAACCUUUCUGAGCAGACAGACCUCACAGAUCUUUUCGGAUCAGAUGUCCCUGUGGAAGGUGGUGACGUCGGUCAGUUCACUUGGCGUGAUGCGCCAUUUCUGCAAGCGAUGCAACGCGGUGACUGGGUUUUACUCGACGAAAUGAACUUGGCUUCUCAGUCUGUACUCGAGGGUCUGAACUCUUGCUUGGACCACCGCCAACUAGUCUACGUUGCUGAACUUGAUCAAACUUUCAAGAGACACCCGAACUUCGUUCUCUUUGCCGCGCAAAACCCUCAUCAUCAGGGUGGUGGGAGAAAGGGUCUUCCUGCCUCCUUUGUCAACCGUUUCACUGUUGUUUAUGCUGACAGUUUCACCGACGCUGAUUUGAAGAGAAUCAGUGCAAAGCUUUUCCCUGGAAGUCCUGCAGCACAAACUGAAAAGUUGGUGGAUUUCGUAUCUUUGUUGAAUCGGGCUAUCGUUAAAGAACGACGGCUAGGAGUCGUUGGUGGGCCAUGGGAGGUCAACUUGCGAGAUAUCCAACGAUGGCUUCAGUUGGCGGAUCGGGGAAACGUGCAGAUACCAACAAACAAUUUCCUCGACAUCAUAAUUUCCCAAAGGUUCAGAAGCCAGGAGGAUCGAGAAGUGGUCUCCCAACUGUACCAGCGGGUCUUUCACGACACGCCGGCUAAUGCCAAAAGUUAUUACCACAACCUCACCCCGGAAUAUAUGCAGGUUGGACUUGGUAUAAUGCGAAGAGAUCCUCUUUUCCAACGCAGCCUCGAACCACAGAUGCAAAUACUGCCAGGGGAUCUUCCCAUUCUCGAGUCACUUAUUCUGUGUAUAGAGCAGUCGUGGCCAAGUAUUUUGGUUGGAUCAGCUGGUUGUGGCAAGACUACUUUAAUCCGAAAGGCCGCAGCGAUCAGCGGCUCAGACCUUGUCGAACUAGCACUGAGCGCUGACACCGACACCAUGGACUUGAUCGGUGGAUUCGAACAGAUUGACUACAAGAGAGAGAUCUCAUCUCUUGCCCAAGAGAUUUCCUAUUUCCUUCAGCAGCAUAUAAUUUCUGCCCACUCAUCAGGAGAAACUUCAGAGGCAAUUUCCACCUUCCUCGACCUCCAUGAAUUAUUCCAGGGGCCCGAUGCAUCAUUGGAUACUAUCUGCUCGUCACUCUCAAUGCUAUGCCAGGCGUAUUCGCACCCGAUUCUUGAGGAGUUUUUGACUCGAUCUCAAAAUCUGUUGAAUGUCUCAAAACAAUCCGAUAAGAUGAGGGUUGGUUUUGAGUGGACCGAGGGUGUCCUGACGCAAGCUGUCCAGCAUGGCCGUUGGGUUGUACUUGACAAUGCAAACCUAUGCAAUCCAUCUGUACUUGACCGACUGAAUUCUUUGACGGAGCCAAACGGAGCCCUCAUACUCAAUGAACAACGGACCGAGGAUGGAUCUGCUCGGAUCAUUAAGCCGCACCCGAACUUCAGGCUCUUUUUGACAAUGGAUCCUCGCCAUGGCGAGUUGUCUCGUGCUAUGCGCAAUCGAUGUGUUGAAAUUUGUUUCUUGCCCCAGGAAGUCGACGAAUCUCACAGCCUUCUUGGACCAGCUUACACUAGCGAAUCUUUCUUGUAUCGUCUUCGACCCGUCUGGAAUGCCAAACCAUCAUUCAAUGCUGAAAAUCUGGCGAGACUUUCAUAUGAAGUACGCCUAGAUCAUCUAUCCAUUCCAGACCUGGCCUAUCUCCAGCGUUCGUCGACUGUUCUGCCUCCACCCAAUUUCGAACACUCACAGGGUGAAUCAUUCUCGUCAAUCGUGCAGCGUUAUGCUUCCAUGAUACAUGAAAAUUCGUCUUGGAAACCACUUGAUCAUGUCAAACAGGAAAUCCCACUUGGCGGUGCUUCGAUGGCUGUCCAGGGAUACUUCCAGCCCCUUCACCCACUUGUCAAUGAGCCGUUGGCCAUGAUAGCGGGAGCAAAUGUGCCUCUGUCAUGGUUGAUUAUCCUGGCACAAUUGCAGGAGUGCAAGCUGGAUCUUUAUCGCUUACGAGAAGGUUUGAUACGAGCAGAUGAAUCCGGAAAACUCCUUAAGCCAAGCCAAAUGACUCGCUUAGAACGCUCGUUGGCAUCAGGACGGGUGCCCGCUUUGAUGAAGGACGCAACACAACCAGUUGGUUCAUUCUUAUCUGAUUGUGGACAAGCGCUUUACGACUUUAUCCAAGGCUUAGACCAGGAUGCUCUUCAAAUCCCUGAGUUGGUGGCUGCUCUUCGGGCCAUUGUCAAUUUCUGCGCAGAUAUCUUCCGGGUUACAGAAGUAAAGCAAGUGGACGAGGGCGCAUUCCAGAUCUAUCUUCAAAUUGGUAAAGAAUUGUGCGUCUCCUUGCAAGACUCAUGGCCGUUAUUGGAACCGUUGGCUGUCGCUUUAUCUGAGUAUCUCGGCCGGUUCCAAGCGGGAUGGGCCUUGACCACGGGACUUAGCAUGCAAAAGCUUUGGGAAUCAUGGAGGCCAGCAACCCCCGCUACCCAGGAACAGUUGAAGUCUUUGAUGGAAUUGGAGUCUGUUGUUCUUGAGUUCACCGAUCUUGCUACCAAGACACGCCUGGAAUUGUCUCAGUUGAGUCAAGUACGGUCAUCCUUGAUUGACGCACAACGAUCCAUUCUUUUGGACGGAGCCGAUGGAGAAUUUCUUGUACAGGGUGUCAAGCAGAUAGUCGCGGAACUGUCGAAGGCCGUUCAGCAUGCAGAUUCGACAGAAAAGCCUUACUUUUUGACCAAUUUUGAAGCCCUGUGUCAAUAUCGCGAUAUUUCAUCUUUCUGGAAAUCUGGACAAGCAAGCGAUCCGGCAAUUCAAAACCUCCUACCGCUGUUGGCUGGUCGCCCAGCUCGGCCCUUGGACGCAUCCAAACUCAAGAACAAUGUUCCAGAUAUUCUCCAUAGGAUUUCAUUGUUCUCCGGGUGUGGGGACUCAAGCUCUCCGAAUGCCAUCGGUGGAAUUGUCUCCCUCUCCCUCUUACAAAAACUGACAUACGUUGGUGUUACAAGUUUGGGCCAGAUCAAUGCCUUGGAAGCUGAAAAGAAAAUUCUUUCCAAAGCCGUGGCUGCAACCAGUGAGGAGAUUGCCGUGGAUCAGACUAAAAUUCUGAGGCAAAUGCUGUCAAGGCUGGCUAUGGAGCUAGUCGUCCUCCACGGUGAGCUAUUUGAGCCACAGUGCUUGGAACACCUGACCGCGAUUCUUCGGUCGGUAGAGGAGAAGGGCUCGUGGACCGGCCCGCCGUUGUAUGAAAUUCAAGUGGAGAAGAGCUUACCGGGUGAUCAUUUCUUCAGAGCCUUUGCCAAGCAAGCUCUCCCAAGUUUGAUAUCCUCUUUGACAUCGAAUGCACCUGAUGCAACGGGAGAACUUCGAAAGACUGGGCUGGCCACGGUGCAGCUGGCAAUCAUGCUGUUACGGCUCUUCGUGCCAGACAAGCCCUUUGACCCCUCUCUCGGCCUCGUCGUUCAAAGAGAAAGACAUGCGCAACUUGCUCAUGACCUUAGCACGAAAUCCGAGGCUAUAUCUUCGUUCGAAAUCACCUUUUCUGGCCAGUCUUCCAACAUGCGUUACAAAAUAGUCCAGGGUCAAUUGCAGGAUCUGGGUUCCGCGCCGCCUCCUUCAUCUGUAAACCGACCACAAGACUCGGAGAUCGGUCUUCUACAGGGCGAAUUCUCCAAUCUUAUCAACUCUGUCCUCAACAGGAACCCUGAGGACAUGGUUAUCGCAGCACUGGACAAGAACCCGCAGUCUGUAGAGAUGGUCAAACUUCUCCGUGACAAUGUUCAACAGCUGAGCCAUCGUCUAAGUACUAAUUACAGAUCUUACGACGAUAUCACGGUUCCCGUUGUUCGUUUCCUCCAAAUCUUGGAGCUGGGACUUUUCAUGACCUCAAGCCAAACCCAGGACUCGAAUGGUGCUCAGGAUAUACUGGCUAUCAGUGAGACCACACCAUUCUUAGGUGGAACCAUCCACCCGAUGUCCGCUUCCAACAAUCAGGACACUUCAUUCGGGUCAAAGUAUGCAGUCGAUAUGCGAUUCCACGAGUUGUCAUCUCUCGGGGUGGCCCAAGUCGCGGACUCUACCCUCAUCCACACUCGGGCAGGACGUGAUACCCUUCGUCGAAUCUUGGAACAGUUCCAUGUAUUAUGGAAAACAAAACUCCGAGAGGACCAGGAAGACGAGGCUAAGAGAAAUAAUUUGUACCGUUAUCGAGGGUCCUGGGAGGAUAGUGAAGAGGUCGAUGAGAAUGAGCUACGCGAGCUUUUCCCCACGUACGACAAUGACUCUGCCGAAGAAAGCAACGAACAGCCUCGCUUUGACCCCAAAGCCAUAUCUGUUCGACUCUCUUCCCUUCACGCACAGCUAUUCGAAUCCCAAGACCCCGAAAGAGCUCUCAUCAGCUUCGUCAAAGAAUCUUCCCGCUUGUUGGGAUCGAUUUGGUCGGAUUGCCAAGGCUCGGUAUCAUUGACACAGCCUAAAGAACAACUCCCUGGUGUUUUCCUGCUACUUGAAGAUGCCAUUAACGGAGAGGCACAGCCACCAGCAAAUAAGUUCAACUUCUAUACUGAUUCGAACUCUGCUGAAGCCAAAAGGCUUAUGUCUCUGACUCUUUCUGUGCAAUCUCGGUUUAUUCAGAUUCAAACAGCCUGGCCAGAACACGCCAUCCUUCAGGAUGUCAUCAUCUGCUGUAAAGAGAUCCUUCAGUUCAAGCACACAGAGCCAGUGGCCAAGUUCAUCACCAAGGUGGAAAAGCUCUAUUCCCUUGUUCACGAAUGGCAACUUGUGGCUAGCCGAGAAUAUUCUGCAGCUUCGCUUUUCGAUGAACUCACCGGCCUAAUCAUAAGCUGGAGGCGCCUCGAGUUGUCGACUUGGGCAAGACUUUUAGACCUCGAAAAAGAAAAGUGCGAUCAAGAUGUCAGCUCCUGGUGGUUUGUUGCCUACGAAGCGAUUAUCGCAGCGCCUAUUCAAAUGGCGGAGUCUGACCAAGCUGGUCUACAUGGCCAUAUUCAAGAGGUUGUUUCAACACUUGAAAACUUCUUCUUAUCAACAACCCUAGGCCAAUACAGUGAACGUCUUCGACUCGUUAGCAACUUCCGCUCUCUACUAUUGCUCUACGUUAAGGAUCUCCCUGCCCUGCAGCAGCUUGCUUCAGCAUUGGAAAACUUCCUUCAGCACUACAGACCAUUCGAGCCUUUGGCACACAAACUUCUGGUUGAUAAGAGAUCAGCUCUGGAGAAGGACAUCAAAGAGCAAAUUCAGCUGGCGAGCUGGAAGGACACCAAUAUUGUUGCUCUUAAGGAAAGUGCACGGAGAUCGCAUAUUAAGUUAUUCAAGCUGGUUCGAAAAUACCGCGAAAUCCUGGCUCUGCCUGUCCAGCAAAUUUUGGAUCAAGGGAUGCCUGAUGACAACGAAGAUAAGACACAGUCUAGCUCCGCCCAGAGAGAUGUGGCCCUAGCCUCGAUUGUUUCUCCUGAGGCUCUCGCCAUGUGCCAGCAAAAGAACAAUGAAAUUUGGCUCAACAGGGCGCCUCGUUUCCAAAAUCCAGAUGGCACAGCUACCAACAUGAUGAGUGUCUACUCCUCAAUUUCUACCGAGUUUGAUAUAUCAGAAGAUCUCGAGAGCUUCGCAAGCUCCGUGGUCGAGGGUAUCAAGGAAUUCAGGUCGCAGACGCCAAAGGUCUUGACCGAAGAAAAUAAAGAUGAUGUUCAACACCUCAAGAUCCAGAAACGUCGUCUAUACUCAGACACUUUGCGACAGCUUCUGGAAAUGGGCAUCAAGCGGAGUGCAAGUACCAAUCUGGUAGAAACACAGGCAUCUAUCGCACAAGUCCUUACCACCAGUCCCGCUCUAGAAGCUGGAUCUGUUGUCUCGCGUUUGAUCCACAGUGCCGACUCUUAUUUCCAUAGACUGUUGGAUCUGCUUCCCCGUGUUCGUGAAGCAUCAAGGAAUUACUCCGAAGAUCUUAGCAAUGUUGAAGUUUCAAGAAGUUUAGGGUCCGUUGAGCAUCUCUUGUUCCUAGCAAGGAAGCAGAGAGGCACUAUCUCCCCCGCAAUUUUGGAUCUGGGAUCAUUCGAGUCGACUCUCGUCAAGAUGUCCAACCUUUGGAGUUUUGGAUCUGGUUCGCUUUCCAAGUCUUCGCCGAGAUUCCCAGAGCAAAGACAGGAUUUGUCAAGGAUGGUGGCGUGGCUGGCACCUAUAAUUGGGUUAGCCGCCAUGAUUGUCGAAGUCCAUUCUCGAUUCUCCGGUGUUGACUCUUCGCCCAUCUCCAAAGCUUUGCAUGCCUGGAAAGAUACCUUCAACCGCUUAAGAAAAUCAUUGGAGGGCCUCCCGGAGCUGCCAAAUGGAAUUGUUUCAAACCUUCAUAAAGCAACGGUUGAUGAAGCAUCAGAUUCAAUUGCCCGAUUAAACAUGGAUGUGAUGAGAUGGUCUGAAGAUCGUCCGGAUCUACUUUUCGCAUUAAGCCAGAUAACACCUUGGGCUACGACCAGGGCGGAUUCGACCGUGCAGAUUGGCGAAACUGAUGCUUUGGCUGUUCAAGAAUUCGACGGGGCUCUUCUCACUGCAGUCGACAAGAUACUCAUUAGCCUCCAAAAACUGAAGGAGAUUCCUGCCUCGAUCAUAUCUCCAGGUGCAAUUUCAAGGAGCGACGAGUUCUUUACUCGGACAGUGAAGGCUAUUCGUAUCUCUGAUAUUACAUCAUCUCUCGAGUUUGUGUUGGACAAGCUGCAGUAUCUUCAGAGUCACACAUCUGGCGGAAUUUCUUUCGCUUCCGCCUUGGUGGCCACUGUGCUCCCGAUCACUAACAAGUAUUACCACAUUUGCAAAGACCUAAUCGACCGCUUCAUCUCCGUCCACAGGGAAACGUGCAAGAUGUCCUAUCUUCUCGCACAGUCCUUCACGCAGAUCGCGUCCCAGGGAUUCUGCAGCCCAAGCGAGGCUUCCACAGAGGAGGAAAGCAAGUCUGGCAAGCUCGAGAGUGGUACUGGUCUUGGCGAUGGUGAUGGUGCUGAAGAUAUCAGUAAAGACGUCGGGGACGACGAGGACCUGUCAGAACUGGCGCAGCAAGAGCAAAAAGAAGAACCUACCGAGGACAUGGACAACUCUGCAGAUGCGGUUAACAUGGACCAGGAAGAAAUGCAGGGAGAGGCAGGAGAUCGCAAAGAAGGCGACGAAGAAGAGGAAAACGACAGUGGUGAAGAGGGAGAGGACGAUAUAGACGAGGAAGUUGGCAGCGUCAAUGAUCUGGACACCUCGGCAGUGGACGAAAAGAUGUGGGAUGGCGAUCAUGACGACAAACAGAAGGAGGCCGAGAAUGAAGAAGGGAAGGGUGAGACCGAAGCUGAUCAACAGACUGCAGCCCAGGAGCAGGAGAAAAAGAAUGAAAAGGAAGGAAAAGAGGGCGAUGAAGAAGGGGAGGAAAGUGAAGAGGAUGAAGAAGCUCCUGAAGACGAAGGCGAGGCUGUUGGGCGUGAGGAUAUGGAGGUAACAGAUCCACAUGCCAAGGAAGAAGAUGCACUGGACCUUCCCGAUGAAAUGCAGCUGGAUGGCGAUGAAAAAGAAGGGGAAGAUGAUCUUGGAAGUGAUGACGGCAUGGACGAUGGUCUUUCGGAUAUGGGUCCUCCUCCUGCCGAGGACGAGCAAGUUGGAGACCUUGACAAUGCCGCUGAAGAUGAAAAUAUGGAUCAGCAAGGAGAAGAGCAGGAUGGCAACGAGAAUGGUGAAGAAAUGCCUGAAGAGGGAGAUGCCAAUGAGGCCGAGGGAGAGGAUGAAGCCAACGAAGCUGGCGAGGAUCAGCCGGAAGAGGCAGAGAAAGAAGAUUUCCUAGCCCAGCGUGACGAGAAUGAAGCUGAUGGAGAGAAUGUUGCUCCUAGCGAAGCUGUUAACGGUGGACUGGGUGCUGAACAAGACCAAAACGAUGAAAAAGGUGCAUCUGGCGAUGCACAACAGGAAAACGGCUCUACAGACCCUGCAAACACAGAGCAACAGACCGGCGCUGCCAACGAAGGCGAAGAUAGCAAGCGGAGCCAAGACGCAGGUGGUGGGGAUGACGCGAACCCGCAAGAUCCUCAAAUGCAAGCGUUCAAGAAAUUGGGCGAUAUUCUCGAGCAAUGGCAUCGCCGCCAGAAGGAAAUUCAGAAUGCAUCAUCACAGGAAGAGGACCAAACCCAGCAGCCCCCUGAAGAUACCGACAUGGGUGAUGCUGAUUUCGAACAUCUCGCGGAUCAAGACGAUAUCGCUGAUACCCAAGCCCUUGGUCAAGCUAGUGAAGAACAAGCUCAAGCUCUUGACCAAAACAAGGCUGUGGAGUCUGAAAAUAAGCCCGAGGAAAGUCAACACUUGCCAGAUGUGUCCGACGACCAGCAGGAUCUUCUUGACAACCAGCUGGCGGAUGAGAUGCAGCUAGACCAGGAAAUGGCUCCCAGAGACGGAGAAGGCGCAGGGGCUAUGAUUCCUGGCAACUCUCAGACCCAGGAACGAACGAACGAUGCCCAUGGCCAACAGGAAAUUAACGAACAAUUGGAUGAGGUCGACGCUCAUUUGGAGGCGAUUCAUCUAUCGUCCAGCCUCCCGCCGCUUACUCCCCAGGACGAGGCUCGACGACUCUGGGCACACUACGAAUCGGCCACGAACGACCUUUCUCUGUCACUGACAGAGCAACUGCGUCUCAUUCUGGCACCGACGCUUGCAACUAAGCUACGUGGUGAUUUCCGAACAGGAAAGCGACUGAACAUCAAGCGCAUUAUUCCAUACAUCGCUUCGCAAUACAAGCGUGACAAGAUCUGGAUGCGGCGCUCCAUUCCCUCCAAGCGCAACUACCAAAUUAUGCUUGCCGUCGACGACAGUAAGUCCAUGCUUGAGAGUGGAAGUGGCCAGCUGGCGUUCGAAACCCUUGCCCUCGUUGCAAAGAGUCUUAGCAUGCUCGAAGCAGGAGAUCUGUGUGUCCUCGGCUUUGGCAAUGAGGACCAUGUCCGGGUUGCCCAUGAAUUCGGCAAGCCGUUCUCUUCGGAGGCCGGAUCGCAGGUGUUCCAGCAUUUCAGCUACCAACAAACUGGAACCAAUGUGCGCAAGUUGAUUGCCGAUUCCAUUGCUUUGUUCCGAGAGGCCCGUUUCAAGCGUUCGCCAGGAUCAGGCAACGCCGACCUCUGGCAGCUGCAACUCAUCAUCUCUGAUGGUAUCUGUGAGGACCACGCAACUAUCCAACGCCUCGUGCGCCAGGCUCAAGAAGAAAGAAUCAUGAUCGUGUUCAUUAUCGUUGAUGCCGUGAAGGGAAGCUCCAUCAUGGACCUCAGCCAAGCGACCUUUGAACCCGACAUGGAGAGUGGUACUGGGGAGAUGAAGUUGAAGAUGAAGAAGUACCUCGAAGGAUUCCCAUUCCCUUACUAUCUGGUUGUGCGUGAUGUUCGGGAGUUACCGGCUGUAUUGGCCACGGCGUUGAAGCAAUGGUUUGCUGAAGUUGUUGAUGUUUCAUCUUGA